AUGAACGUCAAUGGGCAGAUCUACACUCCCGGCCUGGCUAUCGUCGAUGCCCCCCAGCCCCAUACGCCUCUCGGAGGAGACACCCUGCACGUCGCAAUCGACAUCUCCGGCAACGGCCGCAUCUGGCCCCCUUCCAAAGACUCCUCCACCACCCUCCACUCCCUCACUCUCUUCCUGACCUCCUACGCCACCUCCAAGAACCUCACCAUCUCCAAUGCCACCGACGCAGGCUCCGUCCUCGACCUCGAGCCAUCGUCCACGGUCAAACAUGUCAACUGGGUCUGGCCCGCGUGUCUAGCUGGAGAGGGCAACAAGAGUCCCCGCGGCGAAUACAACAUCUCCAUGCACCAGGCCUUUCGCGUCAACGGAUCGGAAUACUAUACCGUGUUUGACUUGCCGAUGGCUGUGGCAAAUAGCAUUGAACCGUCGGAGAAGAGGGUGGACUGUUCGGUGCUGGAGAACGACAUGCUGGCGCCGGAGGUCGUGGCGCAGAGUAACGGGUCGUGGACGGCGUCGCCGUGGUUGGGAGGCGUCAUCGCCGAGGGGGGCAGUGGUACGGCAAACGGGGGAAAGCAGAACGCUGGACAGAGAGCAUCUAGCUCUGUAGGGGUCAAGGGGUUGUUGGUGGUGGGCUUGACGGGCAUGGCGUGGAUGCUGUAG